AUGGCUUCUUCUGAAUUGGAUUCUAAAGGAAAGGGAAGAAAAAUAUUGAUAUCGAGUUUGACAUCAUUAAUGGGGGUGGUUCUGCUGGGCCUGAGCUUGAUGCUAUAUUAUCGAAAAAGGAAGAAAAAUUGCACAAAAUGGAGAACAGAAGGGAGUCGUAGUGAAAGCCAUAACAAAGAUUAUGAGCUGCCAUUGUUCCGCACAUCUACAAUUUCAAAAGCCACCAAUAACUUUUCAGCCAACAACAAGCUUGGACAAGGUGGAUACGGGCCUGUUUAUAAGGGAACUCUGGAAGAUGGACAAGAAGUUGCUGUGAAAAGCCUGGACUUGAUUUUAUUUGAUCAAACCAGAAGUGCAUUGCUUGAUUGGCCUAAGCGCCUCCAAAUUGUUAAUGGAGUGGCUAGAGGACUGAUAAGUUUCGGAGGGAAUGAAACCGAAGAUAAGACUAACAGAGUAGUUGGAACAUAUGGCUACAUGUCACCAGAAUAUGCAGUGCAUGGACGGUUCUCACAAAAAUCAGAUGUAUUUAGCUUUGGCGUUCUGGUGCUAGAAAUUUUGACCGGCAAGAGAAAUAGUGGAUUUUCUCAUGAAGAUCAACAUCUCAACCUUCUUGGACAUGCAUGGACACUUCACAAGGAAGAAAGGUCAUUGGAACUAAUUGAUGAGUGUCUAAGUGAGACAGCUAAUCUACUUGAAGUUCUACGAUUAAUCCAUGUGGGUCUUUUGUGUGUGCAACAAUGUCCAGAUGAUAGGCCGAGCAUGUUUUCAGUGGUUGCAAUGUUGGGAAAUGAUGCUGCGUUGCCUCAGGCAAAUCAGCCUGGUUUUUUCGCAGAAAGAGAUGUCUCUGUAGGUAAAAGUAUAACUAGUUGUUCAUCCAAUGAAAUAACCAUUACCCAGUUGGAAGCAAGAUGA